AUUUGAUCACGGUUUGGAGAUCAUGUUUGGUUUUUUUUUGAAAAAGAAAAAAAUUGUUUUUGGUGUUUCAAAACAGGCUUUUUGGAGAGUCGAGAUACCAUUUCAUCUUUCCUGCAACUGCUUCCCUCCCCAUCCUCGUGCAUCUCUAAAUUGUUCCUCUUCCUGUCCUCUCCUCUUCUCCAACCCUGCCAAUUGCUUGCCUCAUUGCUCUCGUUCUCCCCCACGCUGACCGGUCUAUGCUGAUGCGCUUGCAAGGUCACUGCCUGGGUAGGAGGGGAGAGAGUCUUCUGUUGUGCUCACGUCAGCAAAUAUGUCAUCUCGCUCUCCGGUUCCUGUGGUUUUACUAUGACAUUCUGCACCCAAACGAAGGACUAAUCCAAAGCGUUGCUAAACGUGGCCAUUUGUAGGCUGAAAAGACAUAGAGAACUUAAAGGUCUGUGGAUUCUAAAUCUGCGUCUGGAUGGAGUGGAUGAGGAAGCAGAUAGAUAACAUCAGAAUUUCUCCUGGGAACAUUGACUCCUUGUGUGGUGCCUUGAAGUUUCUCUGAAAUGAACUGAUGAAUUGGAACCAUGGUGCAAAAGAAGAAGCUCUGUCCUCGGUUACUUGAUUAUCUGGUGAUCGUAGGGGCCAGGCACCCGAGCAGUGAUAGUGUGGCCCAGACUCCUGAAUUACUGCGGCGAUACCCACUGGAGGACCAUGCCGAGUUCCCCCUGCCCCCAGACGUAGUGUUCUUCUGCCAGCCCGAGGGCUGUCUGAGUGUGCGGCAGCGGCGCAUGAGCUUGCGGGAUGACACGUCUUUUGUCUUCACCCUCACUGACAAGGACACUGGAGUCACUCGUUAUGGCAUCUGUGUUAACUUCUACCGCUCCUUCCAGAAGCGUAUGCCUAAGGAAAAGGGGGAAGGUGGGGCAGGGUCCCGUGGGAAGGAAGGACCCCGUGCCACUUGUGCCUCAGAAGAGGUUGGCACUGAGACCUCAGAGAGUGGCUCAUCCCUGCAGCCCCCCAAUGCUGACGCCGCCCCCGAUGUCAGUCAGUCUCCUCGGGGCAAACCCCGGGCUAAGGCAGGGAGCCGUUCCCGCAAUAGUACUCUGACAUCCCUGUGUGUGCUCAGCCACUAUCCCUUCUUCUCCACCUUCCGAGAAUGUCUGUACACCCUCAAACGUCUGGUGGACUGCUGCAGUGAGCGGCUGCUGGGCAAGAAACUGGGCAUCCCUCGAGGCAUACAAAGGGACACUAUGUGGCGCAUCUUUACCGGAUCGUUGCUAGUGGAGGAGAAGUCAAGUGCCCUUCUGCAUGACCUUCGAGAAAUUGAGGCCUGGAUCUAUCGAUUGCUGCGCUCCCCAGUGCCCGUCUCUGGGCAGAAGCGAGUGGACAUUGAGGUCCUACCCCAGGAGCUCCAACAAGCUCUGACCUUUGCUCUUCCAGACCCUUCUCGAUUCACCCUAGUGGAUUUCCCACUGCACCUUCCCUUGGAACUUCUGGGUGUGGAUGCCUGUCUUCAGGUGCUAACCUGCAUCCUGUUAGAGCACAAGGUGGUGCUACAGUCCCGAGACUACAAUGCCCUCUCCAUGUCUGUGAUGGCAUUUGUGGCGAUGAUCUACCCACUGGAGUAUAUGUUUCCUGUAAUCCCACUGCUGCCCACCUGCAUGGCAUCAGCAGAACAGCUGCUGUUGGCUCCAACUCCGUACAUCAUUGGGGUCCCUGCUAGCUUCUUCCUCUACAAACUGGACUUCCGAAUGCCCGAUGAUGCCUGGCUGGUGGAUCUGGACAGCAAUAGAGUGAUUGCCCCCACCAAUGCAGAAGUGCUCCCAACCCUGCCAGAACCGGAAUCCUUAGAGCUGAAAAAGCAUUUGAAGCAGGCCCUUGCCAGCAUGAGUCUCAACACCCAGCCCAUCCUCAAUCUGGAGAAAUUCCAUGAAGGCCAGGAGAUCCCCCUUCUCUUGGGAAGACCUUCUAACGACCUGCAGUCCACACCUUCCACUGAAUUCAACCCACUCAUCUAUGGCAAUGAUGUGGAUUCUGUGGAUGUUGCAACCAGAGUGGCCAUGGUCCGUUUCUUCAACUCCCCCAACGUGCUGCAGGGCUUUCAGAUGCACACACGUACCCUGCGUCUCUUCCCUCGGCCUGUGGUAGCUUUUCAAGCUGGCUCCUUUCUAGCCUCACGUCCCCGGCAGACUCCUUUUGCUGAGAAGCUGGCCAGGACUCAGGCUGUGGAGUACUUUGGAGAAUGGAUCCUUAACCCCACCAACUAUGCCUUCCAGCGAAUUCACAACAACAUGUUUGAUCCAGCCCUGAUUGGUGACAAGCCAAAGUGGUAUGCUCAUCAGCUGCAGCCUAUCCAUUAUCGAGUCUACGAUAGCAAUUCCCAGCUGGCUGAGGCACUGAGUGUGCCCCCAGAGCACGACUCUGACUCGGACCCCACUGAUGACAGCGGCAGUGACAGUAUGGAUUAUGAUGACUCAAGCUCUUCUUACUCCUCUCUUGGCGACUUUGUCAGUGAAAUGAUGAAAUGUGGCAUCGAUGGUGACACCCCCAGUGUGGAUCCACUGACACACGCAGCCCUGGGGGAUGCCAGUGAGGUGGAGAUUGAUGAGCUGCAGAGCCAGAAGGACUCAGAGGAGCUGGGCCCAGACAGCGAACACCCUCGGGAGAGCCCGCCUCUGCGCUCCAGCUCCAGUGCCACCACCGGCAGUGGCCCCAACAUGGUCAUCCAUGGAGCUGCUUCUGAACCUGCCGACUCAACAGGGGUGGACGAUAAGGCAGCAGGAGGUGUCUCCAAGCCCCUCCCUACCGUGCCUCCCAGCACUGGCAAAUCGAACACAGACAGGCGCCAGACAGAAAUUGGAGAGGGGUCAGUGCGCCGGCGAACCUAUGACAAUCCAUACUUCGAGCCCCAGUAUGGCCUUCCCCCUGAGGAAGAUGAUGAUGAACAGGGGGAAAGUUACACUCCCCGAUUCAGCCAACAUGUCAAUGGCAGUCGGGCUCAAAAGCUGCUGCGGCCCAACAGCUUGAAACUGGCAAGCGACUCAGACGCAGAGUCAGACUCUCGAGCGAGCUCACCCACCUCCACCGUCUCCAACAACAGCACCGAGGGCUUCGGGGGCAUCAUGUCUUUUGCCAGCAGCCUAUAUCGGAACCACAGUACAAGCUUCAGUCUUUCAAACCUCACACUGCCCACCAAAAGUGCCCGAGAGAAGACCACACCCUUCCCCAGUCUGAAAGUAUUUGGGCUAAAUACUCUAAUGGAGAUUGUUACUGAAGCCGGCCCCGGGAGUGGUGAAGGAAACAGGAGGGCCUUAGUGGACCAGAAGUCGUCUGUUAUUAAACACAGCCCAACAGUGAAAAGAGAGCCUCCAUCACCUCAGGGUCGAUCCAGCAAUUCUAGUGAGAACCAGCAGUUCCUGAAGGAGGUGGUCCACAGCGUGCUGGAUGGCCAGGGCGUUGGCUGGCUCAACAUGAAGAAGGUGCGUCGGCUACUGGAGAGUGAGCAACUGCGAGUCUUUGUCCUGAGCAAGCUGAACCGCACAGUGCAGUCAGAGGAUGAUGCCCGGCAGGAUGCCAUCCCCGACGUGGAGAUCAGUCGAAAGGUGUACAAGGGAAUGUUAGACCUGCUCAAGUGCACGGUACUCAGCCUGGAGCAGUCCUAUGCCCACGCAGGUCUGGGUGGCAUGGCCAGCAUCUUUGGGCUUCUGGAGAUUGCCCAGACCCACUACUAUAGUAAAGAACCAGACAAGCGGAAGAGAAGUCCAACAGAGAGUGUAAAUACCCCAGUUGGCAAGGAUCCUGGCCUGGCUGGGCGGGGGGACCCAAAGGCUACGGCACAGCUGAGAGUUCCGCAGCUGGGACCUCGGGCGCCAAGUGCUGCAGGAAAGGGUCCUAAAGAACUGGACACCAGAAGUUUAAAGGAAGAGAACUUUGUAGCAUCUGUUGAAUUGUGGAACAAGCACCAGGAAGUGAAAAAGCAAAAAGCUUUGGAAAAACAGAGGCCCGAAGUAAUCAAACCCGUCUUUGACCUCCGUGAGACAGACGAGAAAAAGUCCCAGAUCAGCGCGGACAGUGGCGUGAGCCUGACAUCUGGUUCCCAGAGGACUGAUCCAGACUCUGUCAUUGGUGUGAGUCCAGCUGUUAUGAUCCGAAGCUCAAGUCAGGACUCUGAAGUUAGCACCGUGGUGAGUAAUAGCUCUGGAGAGACCCUUGGAGCAGACAGUGACCUGAGCAGCAAUGCAGGUGAUGGGCCAGGUGGUGAGGGCAGCGCCCACUUGGCAAGCUCUCGGGGCACCUUGUCCGAUAGUGAGAUUGAGACCAACUCUGCUACCAGCACCAUUUUUGUAAAUAAGAAUGACAUCCGGAAGAAGGCUCCCCUCCCACCGUACUUGUCGCGUCACCUCCCUGGCUGGGACCUCGUCGCCUAA